AUGCACACGGACCUCGACACGGACAUGGACACAGACACAGAAACCACAGCACUCUGCCCCUCCGGCAGCCACCAGGCCUCCCCCCCCGGGACGCCCAUACCAGAAACAGAUGCCACACUGUUGAAGAAGCCAGAGAAGCUGUUGGCAGGGUUGGACCGGGGUGGCCCACCACCAGCCCCAGGGGCACCCAGACGAAGAGGCAGUAUGCCUGUUCCCUACAAGCACCAGCUGCGGCGUGCCCAAGCUAUAGAUGAACUUGACUGGCCACCUCAAGCCUCAUCCUCUGGCUCCUCUGACUCCUUGGGCUCAGGGGAGGCAGCCCCCACCGAACAAGAUGGCAUCUUCAAGGUCAUGCUGGUAGGGGAGAGCGGCGUGGGCAAGAGCACCCUAGCAGGCACUUUCGGCGGUCUCCAGGGAGAUGGUGCUCAUGAGCCAGAGAACCCAGAGGAUACCUAUGAAAGACGCAUCAUGGUGGAUAAGGAGGAAGUGACUCUAAUUGUUUAUGACAUCUGGGAACAGGGGGAUGCAGGGGGCUGGCUGCGGGACCACUGCCUUCAGACCGGGGAUGCCUUUCUCAUCGUCUUCUCAGUCACCGACCGACGAAGCUUCUCCAAAGUUCCAGAGACCCUACUUCGGCUCCGGGCUGAGAGGCCCCACCACGACCUCCCUGUCAUCCUUGUUGGAAACAAGAGCGACCUAGCCCGCUCGCGGGAGGUCUCACUGGAGGAGGGCCGCCACCUGGCAGGGACACUGAGCUGCAAGCACAUCGAGACGUCGGCGGCGCUGCACCACAACACGCGGGAGCUCUUCGAGGGCGCGGUGCGCCAGAUCCGGCUGCGGCGGGGCCGGAGCCGUGCCGGGGGCCCGCGGCCCGACUGGCCCCUGCGACCCCCACGAUUUCUGGCCCACAAGGCCUCCUCACUGGCUGAGAGCAUGAGCUGUGUGUGCUCUGCUCUGAGGGGCCAGAGGUGA